AAUGUUAUGGAACAGUUCAAUCCAGGACUGAGAAAUUUAAUAAAUCUGGGGAAGAAUUAUGAAAAAGCUGUUAAUGCUAUGGUAGUGGCUGGAAGAGCAUAUUAUGAUAGCCUUGCAAAGAUUGGGGAUAUAUCAGCUGAUUCUCCAGUUUCUAAAGAAUUAGGCCAAGUUCUUGUAGAAAUUUCAAGAACACACAAGAAACUUAAUGACAGUCUAGAGGAGAGUUUCAAAAAAUUUCAUAAAGAAAUUAUAUCUGAACUGGAGAAGAAAACAGACCUGGAUGUAAAAUACAUGAAUGCAACUUUAAAGAGGUACCAAACUGAACACAGAAGUAAAUUAGAUUCUUUAGAGAAGUCUCAGGCUGAGCUGAAAAAAAUCAGAAGGAAAAGCCAAGGAGCACGGAAUGUAAUGAAAUACGAGCAUAAAGAAAUGGAGUAUUUGGAAACUGUGAGCUCUCGACAGAGUGAUAUUCAGAGAUUCAUUGCAGAGGGCUGCAGAGAAGCUCUCCUUGAAGAAAAGAGGAGAUUCUGUUUUCUGGUUGACAAGCACUGCAGCUUUACCCAGCACAUGCACUUCUAUCACAUCCAGUGUGCGGACUUCCUAAAAUCCAAGCUGCCUGGGUGGCAGGAAAUCUGUAGCGAUGCCACCAAAGUGCCUGAAAAAGUCAGAAUGAUGAUAGAUGAGAUAAGGACACCUGGUUCCACUCCAGUAUCCGGAACUCCACAGCCAUCACCAAUGAUAGAGAGAAAUACCAUGAUUGGAAGUGAUUUUUAUCCUCCCCACGACAACGCAGGGAAGGUGCCCCCUGCCCCUGCAGGCAGGGCGUACACCAGCCCGCUGGUUGACAUGUUUAACAGUCCUGCAACGGCUCCAAAGGCAUCUUCUGAAAAACUACAGCGCCCAGCAGAAAAUUCAGAUGAUGCCAGUUUAUCACGUUCAACUUCUGUUGCCACAGGACUAAAUAUAAUGAAAAGGCAAAAAGUAAAGACAAUCUUCCCACAUACUGCUGGAAGUAACAAGACGUUGCUUAGUUUUGCACAGGGGGAUAUCAUCACACUUCUUGUAGCUGAAGAGAAGGAUGGCUGGCUUUAUGGGGAGCAUGACUCAACUAAAGUAAAAGGAUGGUUUCCGUCAUCGUACACAAGACCACUAGAAGAAGCAGUGGAAGAAAAAGCAUUUGUCCCAGCACCAAGCCCGGCACCAAUCCGAAGUAUUAGUUCUGUGAAUCUUGUGGAAAAAGGUGAUGUUGUCCUCCCACCACCAGACUACCUGGGGUCUUUACAAACAGAUAAAAGAAUGGACUCCCCCAAAGGUACUACUGCUAGAACACCACCUGACAGAGCAGAAAACGCAGGUCCGAAACCUGAUAUGAAUGGCAUUAUAAAACCACCUUUUCUAAGUGGAGAAAAUCCUUUUGCAACUGUGAAACUCAGACCAACAGUAACAAAUGACAGAUCAGCACCAAUUAUUCGAUGA